CAGUGGUGAAUAAAAAAUAGUCAACAAAAUGAAAAUGUCAAAGAAAGGGAAACAAAAACGAAAUCAUAAGUCUGUCAGUAAACUCUGUCGCCGCGGUCGCCGCGGUCGCCGAAAGUUUAAAUCGCUGGUGAUAUCAAAUGGAAGAAAACAAGGACGCCAGUCUACUGGUGAUCGUGCUGGACACUAAUCCAUCCCAGCAGAUAAUUCGUGAAAAUCCUCACCACUUGACCCAGUGUCUGGAUUCGAUAGUAGCCUUUGCCAAUGCGCAUUUAAUGCAGAAAGCGCAAAAUAAAUUGGCCGUUUUGGCUUGCCAUCAUCAUGCUACAGAGUUUCUGUUUCCAACACCAGGAAAGCCGCUAGACAUUCGGCAGGUUGACGGACAGUACGAAGCUUUCACGCUGGUUGAGAAAACUAUCAAACAAAAGUUGGCGAAGGUGAUCAGCGAGGCCCCUCGGUCGAGCGUCCCUUCUGAGUCGCUUCUGGCUGGAAGUAUGGCCAUGGCGUUGUGCUACAUAGCCAGGAUACACCGCAACAAACCUGCGGGAGUGAAGAUAAACUCUCGGAUUCUGGUCGUGACGGGAAGCAACGAAUGCGCUUCGCAGUACAUGACCUACAUGAACGUGUUUUUCACGGCACAGAAGCAAAACGUAACGCUGGAUGUAUGCGCCCUCGACAAACCGCUGAGUUUGCUGCAACAGGGAUGCGAUAUUACUGGAGGGCAGUAUCUGAAGCUGCCGCAACUGGAUGGUUUCCUGCAGUAUUUGUUGUGGGUCUUUUUGCCAGAACCACUCACUAGGUGUAAGCUGGUUCUUCCACCACCGGUCAAAGUCGAUUACCGUGCAGCGUGUUUCUGUCAUCGAGAAUUGAUCGACAUCGGCUACGUCUGCUCGGUGUGUUUGUCUAUUUUCUGCAAAUUUAGUCCAAUUUGCACCACAUGUCACACUGUGUUCAAAGCCCCAGCUCCAAUUGCGGCCAAGCCGAAGAAAAAGAAGAUGAAAACAUGAAGUAUCUUUUAGUUUAAUUCUAUUUGUAACAAAUAACAUACUUUACGAUA